GAAAUAAAAUCCCAAAAUCACUUAUAUUUCCCAUUAUUAAAAAUCUUUUACGUCUUUUGUUUCUUCCCUUUUUCCAUUUCACUUCGCGUUUCCUUUCAGCGAGUCGUUAACGAUGGCUUUGCAGAUUGCCAGACGUUUCCUUCGCAGCCGCGCCGUGGAUCAGAUCUCCACCAACAACAGGCUUUUCUCACUGAUCGACCGGAGCUAUUGUUCAAGUUCCUCCGAUCUGAUCCGCGCCACUCUCUUCCCAGGCGACGGUAUUGGUCCCGAGAUCGCUAGCUCCGUCAAAGAGAUUUUCAGUGCUGCAGAUGUUCCAAUUGAAUGGGAGGAACAUUUUGUAGGAACGGAGGUGGAUCCUAGAACCCAGAGUUUUGUUACAUGGGAAAGUUUAGAAUCGGUACGAAGAAAUAAGGUUGGCUUGAAAGGCCCGAUGGCCACACCAAUUGGAAAAGGCCAUCGUUCUUUGAAUCUUACCCUGAGGAAAGAGCUGAAUCUGUUUGCAAAUGUCAGACCAUGCUACAGUCUACCUGGUUACAAAACUCGGUAUGAUGAUGUAAAUCUCAUAACAAUCCGUGAAAACACAGAAGGAGAAUACAGUGGUCUUGAACAUCAAGUGGUGAGGGGAGUUGUUGAAAGUCUUAAGAUCAUAACCCGUCAGGCAAGUCUGAGGGUGGCUGAAUAUGCUUUUUACUAUGCCAAAGCCCAUGGUAGAGGGAGAGUAUCUGCCAUACACAAAGCUAACAUCAUGCAAAAAACUGAUGGUCUAUUUCUAAAGUGUUGUCGUGAGGUUGCCGAGAAGUACCCUGAGAUAACAUAUGAGGAAGUGGUCAUUGACAAUUGCUGUAUGAUGCUUGUAAAGAAUCCAGCACUAUUUGAUGUCUUAGUGAUGCCUAACCUUUAUGGUGACAUUAUAAGUGACCUUUGUGCUGGGUUAAUCGGAGGAUUGGGCUUAACACCAAGCUUAAAUAUUGGGGAGGGAGGAAUUGCUCUUGCCGAGGCUGUCCAUGGUUCAGCUCCUGAUAUUGCUGGAAAGAAUUUGGCAAACCCAACUGCUUUGUUAUUGAGUGGUGUCUCGAUGCUUCGACACUUGGAGCUUCAUGAUAAAGCGGAUAGGAUACAGGAUGCAGUCCUGAAAACAAUUGCAGAAGGAAAGUACCGAACUGCUGAUCUUGGUGGCUCUUCAAAGACCUCCGAAUUCACUAAGGCAAUCAUCGACCAUCUUUGAAGAAUGUCAAUGAAUGUGCAUAAAUUGCUUCCUUUUUUUACGUCCGCUACGAGUUUGACAAUCCUUUUAUGUCUUGACACCCCAACUUCAACUUUUCCUACUUGUGGGAGGGAAUUAAACCACAUCAAUUUCUUCAAGAGUUUUGUGAUUUCAGCCAUGGAGAAUAUGCCCAUUUUCUGAUGGGAAGAAAAAUAACACAUCGGGUCCAUUUGAGAAAAAUGCAUGAUGAUGAAGAAGAAAGGGCUGAUAUCGAGCUACCGGCGGAAUAGAGUAAGCUUCUGCGGUUUUGAAAUAAACAGCGUCAUCUUGUUCGUUUUGAUUUUUUCUCUUCUGUCCAGUUAUCCUAUAUAAACCUAUUUAAACUCUUCUUUGUCUUGUAUUUGACCACUAGUUUCAGGGUUCACUGAAAGACAGUUUGUCGUCACCAUUUAAACCCUUGUGUAGUGUUUCUGUUUCUUAAACUCACAUAAGAUUGCACUCCCUUUCUUGA